AUGUUCUUGUUGCUAUUUAUUUGUAUUUUUGUGACGAAUUUUGGACAACGAAUUCCUGAAGGAUUUUCAGCGAAAAUUGCUAGAUUUCCUGAAGCGAGAUGCGAUUUCUUUGUCAGAGAAGAUGGGCCAGACGGGAGGAUUUUGGCGGGUACAAACCUUGACACCUCACUCUACUACGAUAUCAAAUGCAAACCGGCAAAGGGCUUCUGUCUACAAGUAACCAAUUGUACAGUGAGUGGAGACGAGGAUCGAUCUCGUCAAUAUGCAAUCAUUGAUCACAAUGGAUGCUCACUUGAAUCAAGUCUCUUUGGGGAUGUUGAGUACUUGAGCGAUUUCCGAGCCGGUGUCCCAAAUCCGUUUCCCAUCCGUUUCCGUGGUAAUUCAUCGACGGUAAUCUUUUACUGCAUCACGACACUCAUUCCAAGGGAACACUCAAAUUGUGAACAUGUGAAAUGUGCAAAUAAAAAU